AGAAUGUCCGGACGUGGUAAGGGGGGAAAAGGUUUGGGGAAAGGGGGCGCCAAGCGCCACCGCAAAGUCUUGCGCGACAAUAUCCAGGGCAUCACCAAGCCCGCCAUCCGCCGCCUGGCCCGGCGUGGAGGUGUCAAGCGCAUCUCUGGUCUCAUCUACGAGGAGACCCGUGGGGUGCUGAAAGUGUUCUUGGAGAACGUGAUCCGGGACGCCGUCACCUACACCGAGCACGCCAAGCGCAAGACGGUCACGGCCAUGGACGUAGUCUACGCGCUCAAGCGGCAAGGACGCACCCUCUACGGCUUCGGUGGCUAAAAGAAA